GAACUCUUUGACCAGUUUUGUCUCUGAUUGCGGCAGUUGUCCCUUGUUAAGAAUGUUGUUCCAGCAAGUCGGACUUCGCUCGGGUGUCAUCUUGCUGGGAUGCAAGUUGAUCUCGAGCAGUAGCUUCAGAGUUCGAACGGAAAGAAUCACGUCGAUCAGGCUAGCCAAUGCGUUGAUUGUUCGAGGGAACAAAACCGAAAUGGGACCUGUGAAGAAAGAAGGAGUUAUUGCUCUAUUCGAUGUGGACGGCACUCUAACGCCCCCCAGGAAGGAUGUGAGUCCUGAGAUGUUCAAGUUCAUGCAAGAUCUCCGACAGGUUGUGACAGUUGGGGUUGUGGGAGGAUCGGACCUUGUAAAAAUCUCCGAGCAGCUGGGCAAGAACACCAUUUAUGACUACGACUACGUGUUCUCAGAAAACGGACUGGUGGCUUAUAAGAAUGGAGUUCUUAUUGGUAAUCAGAGCUUGAAGUCUCACCUGGGUGAGGAGAAGUUGAAGGAAUUCAUCAACUUCACGUUGCACUACAUCGCCGACCUUGACAUUCCUAUCAAACGUGGAACAUUCAUCGAAUUUAGAAUGGGAAUGUUGAACGUGUCACCUAUCGGUCGCAACUGUUCGUACGAGGAGCGUUGUGAGUUUGAGAAAUACGACAAGGAGCACAACAUUAGACCGAAGAUGGUGGAGGUUUUGCGAGAGAAAUUUGCUCAUUUGAACUUGACAUAUUCUAUAGGAGGUCAAAUCAGUUUUGAUGUCUUCCCCCAGGGAUGGGAUAAGACAUUCUGUUUGCAAUUUGUGGAGAAGGAGUUCAGUGAAAUUCACUUCUUUGGAGACAAGACAUACAAGGGCGGAAACGAUCAUGAGAUUUUUGAGUCAGAGAAGACUAUCGGACACACAGUAACGAGUCCGGAAGAUACUUUCAGACAAUGCACGGAGCUUUUCCUCUAAGUCGUCGAGAUCGAUGCACUGAAUCACUAUUCUUUUCCAACAUAUGGAAUUUAGUUAGCAGACAGAUCGAUUUAUAUUUGAUAAUUUAUUGAUUCCAAGUGGAAUCAGUCAAAUAAUAUAAAUGUCCCGCUCAGUGACGAAUGACAUUCCUAU